CCUCGAUAUUCGCGUCUGCAAAUCACUCCCGUGUGCCAUGAAACCUCCCCGUGAUGACGUAGGGACACCUUACGACCCGCGGAGCUGUGCCGAAUGAAACAUCACCCGGCAGUUUAGUGCUGCACCUAUGGGGCCGUGCGUAGCGUAGGCGGUGCGACUGGGCCCAGAGAAGGGGGAUCCUUCAGCCGAGCCGAGCUGGGACCGUUCUAGCAGGGCCACGGGGCGGUGGACAGCGGUCCUCGGGGCACACAGCGACUGGACACCGCAGGGAUAACCACGACAGGGCGUUGGGGAGGGGUCGGGCUUGUGCGGGCCGAGAUUUCAGGGGCUUUGUUGGAAGACGCUGUAUGGAGGCGAACGUGACGUAACCACCCAAAUAUGGACAUCGCGGGACAUCAAGUGCUGUUGCUGAAAGGUCUUCUCUAAAGGUCAUUCGUCCAACGACGACCAAAUCCCUUUCCUAACCACAGACAGACUUCUGAUUUAGUUGUCAAUCAAAAGCGCGGUUCAACCAAUAAGAAGAGCGGAUACAUGUCUGUCAGAGUGCUGCAUUUGUACGUUUUUCUUCUGCAUUCCUGAGUUUUGACGGACGUACGCAGGAUCUGAUUGACGUCAUUACUGACGUCACACCAAGAUGGAUCCCAACACAACGUUUCUGGACUUCACCCUACCGACAGCGAGUUUCGACGCGGUGCUGAACACGCUAGAGACGGCGACACCGUCUCUUGGAGAUAACGCGAGCUUACCGACGGAUCCUUCUCUUCUCUCCGCUUCACCCACGCUUACGGACGUAAUGCCAGACUCGGUAAACGUGUCUGACAUAAUCACCGGGCUGGUGUACAACCUCUCCUCGGCGGUGGGUGGCCUCGGCGCCGUAACGACCACGACAGCCGACCCGAUGCUAGCCGGGAUGCUGACGAACCAAACGACUGUCGCGGCCGGGUUUGUCAGCGUCCCUGUGACAUCGCACGAGGUUGCCGUGUCGUCCGCGGCCAUGAUCUCUCUCCUCAUCUUCUCGAUGAUCUUCAAUCUUCUCCUCGGGGGCACCUUAGCCCUGACGCCGAGCCUACGAACUCCGCCCAACGCUCUCCUUAUGAACAUCUGCGUCACCAGCGUCGUGCUCUGUGUGUCCAUGGCCAUGCAGCUGCCCAGCGUGCUCGACCCGGAGCGCCCCCUGCCGGACAAUGUCUGUGAUACAGUCCUGUUCUUGGACUCGCUCUGCGGCAUCGAGUACUGGUUCAGCUUCAUCUCCAUCGCCGUGUACCGCAUCAAAACGCUACACGACACGCAGUUCAGCGUGCGGUACAAGAAGACCCUAGCGGCCGUGUGCAUCAGUGCAGGCUGGCUGGUGGCGUUGCUGUUCAGUACGAUCAUCACCGCGCGGGAUGCCAAAGAUACCGACAGACUGCUGGCCUGUCCGUUCAGCAAGGUCCUGCGCAUCCGGCCCGGUCCCACGCAGAAGAACUCCACCCUGUUCACGGUGUGCGUGCUCCUCGUCACGCUAUGCCUAUCGGGAUUCCUCGUCAUCGUCUACGCCUACAUCAACGUCUUCAAGAAAGCCAAGCCCCUCAAGUACAGCAGGACCAAGAUCAACCAGGUGAACCCGUUAGAGCCAGCUAACGGGACCCGCCAAGCGUCUGUAAAACACUCCCCUGUCGCCUCUGUGCACGAGAUGGUUGUGCUAGAGAACCGCCUGCCGCACAACGACCUGCCGUUCUACCGGACCCAGCACGUCAUCGCCUGGGCGGGCACGGAUCCGGCAGAGCGGCCGGCGGCAGUGCCGGAGAGCAACGUCAACUUCUCCGCCAUCGUCUGCAAGGACCGGAGAUCCACACAGGGAUCUCUCCCGUCCGUUUCUGACGACAUGGAGACCAGCGACAUUUCAGGCACCAUGACGUCAUACAAGUAUCGGAUGUCACGCCCCGUCAAGCAACAGGUUCUGCAACAGGUCGAGAACAAGUUGGAGAACCCGAGCGCGAAUCAUCGCGACGCCGCUCUGACGCUGGCGCGGACCUACUCUCGCAGGAAGAAGGACAGGCUGGGCAGGACACCCACUGAUCAGAUGGCCGCCAGGAACAGCAUCGCCAUGGUAGUGAUCUACAUCAUCUUCACGGUGCCGAUCAUCGUGCUGACGUUCCAGGACCUGGUGGGCGUGGAGGAACGUCUGGACAACGUCUUGUCCCAGCGCACCUGCAAACUCAUCUUCUACGUCAACGGGACGGCGUAUCCCGUCUGGUAUCUGCUGUUCUCUCCAACCGUGCGGAACUGCAUCAAGUCAGUCAUAGAGUCGGCGCUGGUGUACCUGUCUGCAAGGAAACAGUGAACUUGGACUUGAAGAUGAAGAUCCUGAAGGUCCUCAAACAAUAAACGUGGACUCUACAAAAGAAGGUCCUCUACAGUCCUCUUUGUCCUCUACAGUCCAACCGUAAGGUUAGGAGCUGCAUCAAAUGACAGUCAUCAAGUCGGCAUUGGUUUAUGUACCGGUCUGCAAGGAAACAAUAAACUUGGACUUGACGACGAACUACUGGAUACGUCUUGACUCAGAACACCUGCAAACUUUAUCUUCUACGUCAACGGCACGGCGUAUCCUGUCUGGCAUCUGUUGUUCUCU